AUGCUGAGGAUAUUGGAGAAUGUCGUUGGACCCCAUUUUGGAGCUGGGGGCCGAGGGUCAAUAACUGAACGACUUUGGUCCAAUGGUGCUAAGUUGUUUAGGGGUGUCACUAGAGCCGCCCCUAGUGUGACUGAGUACUGGUUGGAGGUCACAAAGAGGAUUAUUAACGACUUAGAUUGCACUCCCGAGCAGAAAUUUAAGGGUGGAGUUUCCUUGCUUCGUGACGAGGCAUAUCAGAGGUUGUUAACGGUUGAGGAAGGGGAUAAAUCAGUGGCCGAUUAUGAAGCCAAGUUUCUAAGAUUGAGUCGCUACGCUCGAGGCAUGAUGGCAUUGGAAUAUGAGAGAAAAUUUGUUGGAGCUUUCGUUUUGGAGUUCGACUUAAUUCUGGGUAUGAAUUGGUUGGUUAAGCACCGAGUUAGUUUGGACUGCACAACUAAGAGGGUCGUUUUGAGGACUGAGGAUUAUAGGGGAGUGGUCGUAGUCGGCAAGUGUCAAGACUAUCUGUCCAUUGUGAUAUACGUUCUUGUGGCUGAGAAACUGGUUCGGAAAGGGUGUGAGGCAUACUUGGCUUAUGUUAGUGUUUCUGGUUCUAGGGACUCUUCUGUUGGGAAUAUCAGAACUGUAAGAGAUUUUCUGGAUGUUUUUCCUGAGAAGUUGCCUAGUUUACCUCUGAAUAGAGAGGUUGAGUUUGGGAUUGAGCUUUUUCCGGGUACGGCUCUGUUAAAUAAGUUAACCGUGAAGAAUAAGUAUCCGCUUCCGAGGAUCGACGACUUGUUUGAUCAGUUCCUAAGGGCUUCAAUGUUCUCCAUGAUUAAUCUUCGAUCUGGGUAUCAUCAGUUGAGGUUUAUCGUGGUCUUCAUCGACGAUAUUCUGGUUUACUCUAAGACUGAAGAUGAGCAUGAUGGGCAUCUUAAAGUGGUGCUUCAGAUUCUCUGA